AUGCACAUUUUGGAUACGUUAAAACUUACUGUCGUCCUCCUCGGGUGUAGUGUGUCUCUUGUAUACGAUCAUGCAGAGGCAGCACACAUUACAAGGAUAUUGCCCGAUGCAACACCUCUAAUUCUUAAUAAGGGGGAUUCAGUGUCUCUGAUCUGCAGAGGGAGGCGUCCGCCGCUCUGGGAUCUUGGCUCUGAACUCAGAUCAGGAGGAGCGGUGGUGGAGCGGUGUGAUUCCCGGCACCGUUCUGCCCCACACUGCAGCAAUUUGACCAUCACUGAUCUGACGGCUAACCACACUGGAACUUACGCCUGCCUGAGCUCCAAUCAGAGCGCAUUGUAUAUGUAUGUUACAGAUCCACACCAGCCUUUUGUGGAACCUCAUCCCUCUACGCCGCUGCUCCUCUGGACUUUGAGAAAUGAAACCAGCCUCACUAUUCCAUGCCGAACGUCGUCUCCUGAUGCUGUGGUGACACUGACUGCGUCGCCUUCUUUAUUAAAAGAAGUUGAGGAUGAAAUGGAGUGGGAUCCAAAAGUGGGUUUCAAGAUUCCCUAUAGUUCUGUUGCCCACUAUUACUGGCUGACUUGCACCACGGAGGUGAACAAACGUGGUUUUAUAUCAAUAUAUAUGCCGAGAAGAUGGACUGCCGUCCUGGAAAAAGUAAAGAUUACUCCAGUCAAUUUAAAACUAAUAGCUGGGGACCUCCUUUUUCUCAAUUGUACUGGUGAAACCACAUUUAAUGGCAGAAUCAACUUCACAUGGGAGUUUCCACGGAAAACAGACCAUCGACAUUAUACUAAUAAGACACUGUCGAAGUCUGGUACAGUCGUUCACAUGAGUAAGGCGUUAUAUUUGCCCAAUGUAACAAUGAGCGAUAAGGGCGAGUAUCGGUGCAAAGCAGAUGUGGAAUCCACAAAGUACAAAACUGUUAAAGUUAAAGUAACGGUAUAUGAGCAUCCUUACAUCACUCUGUCAUAUAGAACUGACAAAUCCAGCAUUAUUGUUAACAAAUACAUUAAGAAGGUUGUAUUUGGACCAAAGGUCAAAGCAGUGCCUGAACCAGACACAAUCAUGUGGUAUAAAGAUGGCAUUCCUAUCAAAAAUAAUUCAAGCUGCUACAACAUGUCAGGCUACAAUCUGAUUAUCAGUGAUGUACAGCAGAAGCAUGCAGGCGUCUACACAAUCACUGUGGGCAACCGGGACAGAGCACUUUACAAGAAUUUAACAUACUCUCUGCUAUUCUAUGUGCGUCCUUCCAUUUUUGAGGCAGAGCUCUCCACGGUGGAUGUGCAGCCUUAUAUGUUUGGCAAAGACCAACAGCUAGCGUGCACUGCCUAUGGACUGCCCUUGCCAAACAUCACUUGGCUUUGGCAGCCAUGUCCCUCGGAUCCAAACACAACACAUUGCAAUGGGAGUACUCAUCAAGCCCUGGACUCUUUCCUUGUCACAAAUGAUAUUGAUAAUAGAAAUUAUUCCCACAACUGGAUCAAAAGUGUCAACUACAAACCUGAACUGGUCCAAGGGAAACGCAAGACUGCAAGUAUACUUCUGACCGGAGCCGUCAAUGCAUCAGGACUAUACACCUGUGUGGCCAACAAUGAAGAGGGCACUUACACAAUGACAAUUCCCUUUUUUGUCACUCAUCAGUCAGAGGAAAUUACGGUUUUGUCUCCGACGGUUAUUGAGGGUGAUGAUGCUGUCCUGACAUGCCAAGCAACUCGAUAUCUCUACACUGACCUCAACUCUGAUGGCUACAAGUGUCAGGGGCAUAAAGUGCACAAUAAAGUUGUGCUGAAAACCGUCAUUUUAAACGUUGCAGAAAGAAAAUUGCCAUGGCUGAUCCACAAUCUUACAAAUCAGCAUGUGAAUAGUAGCACUACACUUACAUUGAAUUGCUCGGCCCUUGGAGUUCCUCGUCCAUACUUAUCAUGGUACAAAAAUGGGAUUGUAGUGGAAAAAGGCCCAGGUAUCACAUUUGAUGAUGAUGGGGUCCUAACCAUUGAGCGGGUAAAAAAAGAUGAUGAAGGACUUUACGAGUGUGUGGCCAUAAAUGACCUUGGAUCUGCAAAGACAAGCGCCGUGGUAACCGUCUAUGAUGACGACAGUAAACCAAACGUUGAAGUAAUCAUCCUGGUUUGCACUGGAGCUGCAGCAACGUUCCUCUGGCUUAUGCUCAUCGUGUUUAUCCGCAAACUGAGAAAGCAACCUGCGCAUUAUAAAAUGGGACCAUCAAUCAUCAUCGAUCCCGAUGAGUGUCCUCUUGAAGAACAAAUUGAUCUUCUUCAGUACGACAGCAGCAAAUGGGAGUUUCCUCGAGAUCGGCUGCAACUUGGUAAGACCCUUGGCCAUGGAGCUUUUGGAAAAGUCGUGGAGGCUUCAGCAUUUGGAAUUGACAAGUUUUCAACAUGCAAGACUGUUGCAGUUAAAAUGCUGAAAGGGGGUGCUACAUCUAAUGAACGAAAAGCUCUGAUGUCAGAGUUGAAAAUCCUUAUUCACAUAGGACAUCAUUUGAAUGUUGUGAAUCUGCUGGGAGCCUGCACAAAGCCAGGAGGACCGUUAAUGAUGAUUGUUGAGUUUUGCAAAUAUGGAAAUUUGUCAAACUACUUAAGGAGCAAAAGAGAUGAUUUUAUCGUCUAUAAGAACCAGGACGGUAAGAUGGUGUCAGGCUCUGACUGUGAGCUGAGCGAGCUGAUGAAGCGGCGUCUGGAGAGUGUGGCUAGCACCGGAAGCUCAGCCAGCUCUGGUUUUAUAGAAGAUAAGAGCUACUGCGACUCGGAGGAAGAGGAAGAAGAAGCUGAAGAUUUAUACAAAAGAGUCCUAACUUUAGAAGAUUUAAUUUGCUACAGUUUCCAAGUUGCCAAAGGAAUGGAGUUCUUGGCCUCUCGUAAGUGCAUCCAUCGAGAUUUGGCUGCAAGAAACAUUUUACUCUCUGAAAACAAUGUCGUAAAGAUAUGUGACUUUGGCCUCGCUCGGGAUGUGUACAAAGAUCCAGAUUAUGUGCGCAAAGGAGAUGCAAGACUCCCACUGAAGUGGAUGGCACCUGAGGCCAUUUUUGACAAAGUCUACACAACUCAGAGUGACGUGUGGUCUUUUGGCGUUCUCAUGUGGGAAAUCUUCUCUUUGGGUGCCUCCCCGUAUCCUGGAGUCCAAAUUGAUGAAGAGUUUUGUUGCAGACUGAAGGAAGGCACCAGGAUGAGAGCACCGGAAUACUCCUCAUCAGAAAUUUAUCAAACCAUGUUGGACUGCUGGCACGGCGAGCCGCUGAAGAGACCCUCCUUCACUGAGCUGGUGGGACAACUCGGGGAUCUGCUUCAGGCCAGUGUGCAACAGGAGGGGAAACACUACAUCCCGAUCAACACAGUGUUAUUGGCCAAAGUCGUGGAUCCAUCCGGAACUGUGUCCACAGACGAGAAGCUCACACGACCUCUUUCCCACCGCAACUCUGGAGACACAUGGAACAUGAAGAUACGUCCAGCCAGUGUGAAAACCUUUGAUGAGGUGACCAUGGACAAUGGAACAAGUCAGAAUCAUGUGAGUGGGCAGUCAGACAGUGGCAUGGGCCUGUCCACAGAAGACAUGAAGACACUGAAGCGUCUUGAAUCCUUGGCUGGGCGACCUCUCAGCAUCAUGGCUUUGGCGAAAAAGGCCAUGAGUAAGAGCAAAGAGUCGGUCCUGGGCGACUUCAGCCUGGAUGACUCCGCGCUGGAUGUGGCUCUGGAGUGUCACAGCCCUCCACCCGACUACAACUCUGUGGUGCGCUACUCUGCUCCACCGGUUUAA